CAAUUGGCUAAGUGUGUUUAUUCAGGGCUGCCUGGGGAGUGCUAACAGGAAUGGGAGUAGGAAGUAAGUCUGGAUUUAAAGGAAACUGGACCACAAGGGGAUAACCAUUUUUCUGCAGACCAGUAUCCAGGGCACUUCUCGGAGAGAAGGAAACCCUGGGAGGGAAGAACUUGGGAAACAGGAGGAUACAAGCGUCUUUGAGGCUACUUAGGUGUGUAGGCAAAAUGAAGCUGACUCUGGUGCAGAUCCUUUUCAUGAUGUUGCUGCUGCUACUGGGCCUGGGGAUGGGCCUGGGGUUGGGACUUCAGAUGGCCGCAGCUGUACUGGAGGACAGUGAUCAGCUACUGAACGAGCUCCAGUCCACUGACUCACAGGACCAGGUUGAGGCCACUAAGGAGGGAACAGGUGCCCAAACCACCGAAACCCUGUUGCUUAGCAACAAAGUGGUGUUGCAACCAGAAGAGACCUUCGUCAGUGAAGAUGAAGUUGGAGGAAACAAGAUGCUCAAAGCUGAGGCUCUCUUUCAGAGCAACAAAGACUAUCUUAGGUCGGACCUGAUGGAUAGGGAAUGCAAUGUCCUGAUGGAACAGAAGAUGACGCAGCACAACCACACAUGCAUACCCCAGUACGUAUUCAUCCAUGAGCAACCAGAUGCAGUCAAAGCUGUCUGUAAGAGUCCUGCUGUUGCCUGCAAUCUCAAGGGAGGCAAGUGUCACAAAAGCUCCCGUCCUUUCGAUUUGACAUUCUGCAAAUUAUCCAAACCAGGCCAAGUAACUCCUCACUGUAAUUACUUAACUUUCAUUCUUGAAAAGCACAUUUUAAUAUCCUGUAGUGACAUGAAAGUCCAGGUCACUUCUGGACCAUGAAGCAACUUCUUCACCUCCUCAUCUUUGUCUUCCUUUCCACUUCUUUUUUUCAUGCUGUUUUCCUCCUUAGGUAUCCUGCAAAACAGGUUUUGGGAAGAGAGGCUAGUCUAUUCUUUAUCAAAAAUGAAAAUAUAAAUCUUCUUUGUCCCAGGGUUCACUCAACUUGCAUUCCAUUCCUGGGAUUAGAGGUGGCAAUGUUACGGAAAUGACAGGCCAGCCAAGAAACAAGCACCAC